AUGCCAUUUCAUGAAGCACCCAGUGUUGAGCUGGGAUCAGCACCAAGAACACCAAGUAUUAUUGCCUCACCAUCACCUUCAGAGGUUUCUAGUGCAAGCUCAUCGGAACCACACAACGUUCGAGCAACGCCGUUAUUCAGGGCCCUGGCAUUGCGGCCCCCAGAACCAGAACAACCUCCAGGACAAGAUGAAUUGGAGCGACGCUUGCCAGGCUACAGGAGAAUCGUUAUACCCCGGGAGUUAACUCUUAUUGAAUUGCUUAAGCAGAGUAGCGGUGUUUCAGCUGACGACGAAGUCUUGAGAAUACGCGAAGCAAAGUUAAAAGUUGUGGCUGAGCGUGUAGGCCUACGACGUCUCCAUGUUUUAGCUCCACACUUGAGAAAAUUGACGCUCGAUGGCAGUGCAAUAUCCUCUCUACGAGACCUGGGCAUUGGCCUUAUCCAUUUAAAGGUGCUUAGCGUCAAUCGUUGUGGGCUUACAUCGUUGGACGGAAUCUGGGGUCUUGGAACGUUACGAGAACUCCACGCAGCAGGAAAUCGAUUGCGUGAUCUUCAUCCUUUGGCUGUGUUACAGAAGCUGCAUACACUAAAUCUGGCUGACAAUCCUCUGGAGGAAACAAGCCGCCUUUGGACUCUGGGCGUAUGUGGUGCAUUGCGACAUAUAACAUUGAGGGGUACUCCUUUGGCCAACCUCAUGGAGUACAGAACAUUGGUGGCCUCAGCUCUGCCAAUGCUGACGCAUCUAGAUGAUUUUCCUCUUCAAGAUGAUAGUGUUAUCGAUGAGGCUAUUGAAGCCUCUUCGGAGUCCGAUGCUGACGUCAGCGAUAUUGAACUAGAUAAACCAUCUAAUGUGCGAUCUGAUCCACAACCUGGUCCAUCUCAUGAGACCAAAGGACACGUACCAGACGUCUGCAUAGAACCCAUUCAACCAACAGUUCGUAAACGACCAGCGACAACAGAAUGCGUUGGUCUUCGGCCGAGAAUAAAUGUCCCCGCAAGACCAAAGACAGCAGUGGAACGAAAUACACCAUCAAAAUUGCAUGUGGUUAACACACUUUUAGACAAUGAGUGGCACUGUAGCGGCAGUAAGUUGACUUCGAGUGGACCAGUUUAUGGGAAUUUAGCAAGGGCUUUACGAAGAUCGAGAAACAGCCGCGAUAGUUCAAAUUCCGAUAUAUUUGUUGAACAAACACUGGACGUGGCCUGUCGCGCUGUUGCCGCAGAAAUACCGCGAGCUCUCACUUCAGAACUAUGGGAUAAAUUCAAAGAAGACACUGGAAUUGAAAUCGAUAUAGACUUCAAUGAAAGACCAAAAGACGCAGAUCCCAACAAAGCCAUUGAACGUUUAGAACAAAUCGAGAAAGAAACAAUGGAACGAUUGAACAACGAAAACCCUGACUCGAGUUUCUCACGCAACGUGUAUAACUUUGCUUCGGAUCCCGCUAGAAUAUUCUCAAGUGGCCUAAAUGAUGAAUUGUGGAGGGGAAUCGAAGAUCUGGCAUUGCCCGAUACGGAGUAUACGGGAAAUUUACAACAUUGA